AUGGAAGACAAAACUUAUUUAACAUUUCAUAAAAGAAAGAAAAAAAGAGUGAAUGGAAAAAUAAGUAGAGAAAAAAUUAAUAAGAAAAAUUUUUUAAAAAAUGAAAAAUAUGUAAGAAUUUCAGCAAUAAAUAAAAGUACAUGUAAAAAAACAUUUCUGAAUACUUUAUUUAAAAGUUUUGUUAAGCCAUACAAUGAAAAAAAUACGGCAUUUUACUCCAUUCUUUGUGUAAUUAAUAAUAUCUACAAAUGUCAUUACUUUUCAAAGCACCGUUGUUUCAUAUGCAAGUCACUGCAAGAAAGGAUAGCACCCGAAUUGCAAGUAGAAAGUACAUAUUGUAAUAGUACCGAUGGAGAAGAUAGUGCUUCUACUACUGAAUCUACUACCAUCGCGUCAAGUAUCGCAUCUACCAUCGCUUCUACCAUCAUUCCAUACGACAUAUACUGCAACUUGCACAAGAUAAACUUUGUUGAAUCGGGCAAAACAAAAAGAAUCAGAAGCAGCGGGAAAAUGGAAGGGAAUCGACGAAGGCAUGAAACCAAAUUGAACCGUUGUGCACGGGAAAAAUGUUCAACUGGAGAUGACAAGCAAAAUUCCCAGACACAACUGAAUAUUGGGGAUAUAUUGGACAAAAUAAAAAAGAAAACAAUAAAUGAGGCAAAUACGGUUAGUGAGGCAAAUACCGUUAGUGAGGCAAAUACGGUUAGUGAGGCAAAUACGGUUAGUGAGGCAAAUACCGUUAGUGAGGCAAAUACGGUCAGUGGGGCUAAUGAGGUCAGUGGGGCUAAUGAAGUUGAUGAAACCAAAAAUGAGGGUGAAAGUGAAGCCCCCAAUGAAGGUAAUUGCAAAGAUGGAGCGUGGGGAGGGAAAGAUGCACAUGGGGUAAUUUCUCAAGAAAGCAUAAAUAUGUUACAAAGAGAAUCUGUAAAAUCAAAUAUAAUAAAUAACAAAACAAGAUUAAGUGUAAGUGUGAUAAAGAAAAACAUUUCUGUGAGUGACAAGAAAGUUUUACCAAUUGGAGGACCGAUUCAACAUUUCGUAAGCACAAAAUUAAAUCUUACAAACGUGCAUAAUUACUACUUUUUAUCACAUGGAAAGGUAAACUUUGAAGAUUUAUACAACUUUGAUAUAUUUGAAAAAAUAAAUAUAUAUGACAAAAUAUUAUUAGAUCUAAGUCAAAAUGAAAUUCACCCCAGUGUAUUAAGAACAGGAAUAUAUUUUAACAAACAUUUUAUCACUACACACAAUGAUAGAAAUGUGGAUUUGUUGAUAGCAUUGAAAUCUUUUAUUAAGGAUUAUUCUCUACCACCAUAUGAGCCAAUUAACAAACAUAUGAAAAUUAUAAUAGAUAAAGAAAUAAAUUAUAUUAUUAUGUGUAAAAAGCACAGUAUAAGUAUGGGAGAAAUAAUUAGGUGGUUUAAGAAUAUUAUAACAGAGCAUAUUGGAAAGAGUACACUAGAAGAAACGAAAGAAAUUAUUACAAACAAUAUUAAUAAUUUUAUUAGAACAAAAAUUGUUAUUCCUUCUAUAAAUAUAUCAAACUACGUAGCAGAGCAUAUAAUUGAUCAUAAUGAUAUUUUAUUAAUAUAUACUUUUGAUUAUGAUAUAUAUUUGUCCAUUGUUAAGGCAAAAAAGAGUGGAAAAAAUUUUGAAAUUGUUUUAGUAGAUUCAGAACCGUAUAAAAAUUCUUAUGAUAUUAAAUUGUAUACCAAAUUGGGAAUAACUGUUACGUAUACAUUAAUUGGUGCCUUAUUUUAUAACAUCAAAAAAUGUACGAAAGUUUUAUUAGGUAUUGAUGCAAUUAUAAAUAAUAGCAUUUAUGCUUAUGUCGGGACAAGUAUCAUAUGCAUGAUAUCUCAUAUUAAUAAUAUCCAUGUUUAUAUAGCAUGUGAAACGUAUAAAAUUAGUAACAAAAUUAUAAUCGAUAGUUAUAGCUUGAAUAAUAUAAAUAAUAAUUUGCACAUUUAUGAUUAUGUAUACAUGCAUCACUAUGAAAACCACCGUUAUCAAAGGCAUUUUUGUCAGCUUUCCCAGAGUCAUAAGAAUACGCAGCGCCAUGCUUAUAAUAAAGCCCAACAGCGUGCUCAUAAUAAUAUGCAACAAUAUGGUCAUAAUAAUAUGCAACAAUAUGGUCAUAAUAAUAUGCAACAAUAUGGUCAUAAUAAUAUGCAGCAAUAUGGUCAUAAUAAUAUGCAGCAAUAUGGUCUUAAUAAUAAUACACGUCAGCAGCAACAUCUUCUUAACUCAAGUUCAUCUAGGAGUGUUACAAAAAAGAACGAAUGCAUGGAUCAUCGGAUAAUAUUUAAUAAAAAAUUAAAUACGUUUCUAGAAUCAUAUGGAAGUAUAAAUUUAAAAUCCAUUCUUUUUAAUAAUAUUAAAUUUAGCACGAAAAGUAGAAAUGCUUCCAAACCCAUUAUCAAAUAUUACACAGAUGCAGAGAAAGAAAAAGUAAAUAUCUUUACAUUCCCAGGCAAUAAAUUUAACCCUAUUGGAGAAAAAAUCGAGCCACCAAAAUUAUCAACGAAUAUUAGUUAUAACCAGAAUCUUCAUGAAAACAAAACUAAAAUAAAGUAUGAACAUAGAGAACAACAGAAUAAUAAUAAUGAAAACACAGAUGAUGAUCUUUUAAAAACAAAAAAUAACCAAAUAUUGAAUACUCAGAAUAGUGCACUUAAAAAUAUAAACGUGGCGUACAAUGAAAAUGAUGACAUUGUAGCUUUUGUUCAAAAUUAUGAUGAACAAAAAAGAGAAACAUUUAUUUUAGAGAAAAAACUUUACCAAGAAGAAAAGGUUGUAAGUAGCACUAGUCUGAUGGACAUGGAUAAAAUUGGUCCAGGGAAAGAUGUAAAAAUAAUCAGUGCUUCUAGCUUACUCACCUCCCGAAGCAGCAGCAUCAGCAAAGUCGUGUCAACAAAAGGAAUAUUGAAACAUUCAGAAAGAACAACAUCGAAUGAAAAGGUAAAUGAAAACAUAAAUCCCUUUUUAAAUCAUAAACAAAAUUGUGGAAAUAUCUCAAAUGAAAGUAAAAAUGUCAUUAAAAAAAAUAAAGUAUUUUUUAAUUUAAAAAGUGAUAAGAAUAGCUAUUCUUUUAGUUAUAACAACCAUUCGGGGACACCUGAUAAUGGUGUAAAUGCACAAAUAGAAUCAUAUGAAAAUGAAGAAGAAAACACUUGCUGUAAUGCUACUUGUGAUUCCAUUUGCACGGCAAUUGGAAAUAUUAAUAUAAAAAAUAUAUGCACAGAUAGGCAUAACCAAACCAACCUUUUUACCUCAGUCAUGUCACACAUAAACAAAAUUAAUUCAAACACCGACAAGUCUUUUUAUGUUGCCAAUAUAUGUAAUGAUGUUACCCCACUUAAGUACAUUACCUAUAUUGUCACUGAGGCAGGUUUAUACACGAGCGAAAACAAAAACUCGUUAAAAAUGUUCGUGCAAAACAGUCUCUAG